AUGUACUCUGGGAAUGUUGCGAUUGGUCGACUGAUUAUUGGACAGAAUGGCAUCUUGUCGACACCUGCUGUUUCCUGCAUUAUCAGAAAGAUCAAAGCUGCUGGUGGAAUCAUCCUAACAGCCAGCCACUGCCCUGGAGGACCUGGGGGAGAGUUUGGAGUGAAGUUUAAUGUUGCCAACGGAGGUCCUGCGCCAGAUGUUGUGUCAGACAAAAUCUACCAGAUCAGCAAAACAAUCGAGGAAUACGCCAUAUGCCCUGAUCUUCGAAUUGAUCUAUCUCGACUAGGAAGACAAGAAUUUGACCUGGAGAACAAAUUCAAACCGUUCAGAGUGGAGAUAGUGGACCCAGUGGAUAUCUAUCUCAACCUCCUUCGGACCAUCUUUGACUUUAACGCCAUCAAGAGUUUGCUGACUGGGCCCAGCCAACUGAAGAUCCGGGUUGAUGCAAUGCACGGAGUUAUGGGACCCUAUGUGAGAAAAGUUCUGUGUGAUGAGCUGGGGGCCCCAGCCAAUUCUGCAAUCAACUGUGUUCCCCUGGAAGAUUUUGGAGGGCAGCAUCCUGACCCCAACCUGACAUAUGCAACGACCCUUCUGGAAGCUAUGAAAGGAGGGGAAUACGGCUUUGGAGCCGCAUUUGAUGCUGAUGGGGACCGUUAUAUGAUCCUAGGCCAAAAUGGCUUCUUCGUGAGCCCUUCCGACUCCCUGGCCAUUAUUGCCGCCAACCUCUCUUGCAUUCCAUAUUUCCGUCAGAUGGGGGUCCGCGGGUUUGGGAGGAGUAUGCCCACCAGCACAGCCCUCGACAGAGUGGCCAAAUCAAUGAAGGUUCCAGUGUAUGAGACCCCAGCUGGAUGGCGAUUCUUCUCAAAUCUGAUGGACUCGGGACGGUGCUCUCUGUGUGGAGAAGAAAGCUUUGGCACUGGCUCUGAUCACCUCCGGGAGAAAGACGGUCUCUGGGCUGUCUUGGUCUGGCUCUCCAUUAUCGCUGCCCGGAAGCAGAGUGUGGAGGAAAUUGUCCGAGAUCACUGGGCCAAAUUUGGCCGCCACUACUAUUGCAGGUUUGACUAUGAGGGGUUAGAGCCCAAGACGACGUACUACAUCAUGAGGGACCUGGAGGCCUUGGUCACAGACAAGUCCUUCAUCGGCCAGCAGUUUGCAGUGGGGAGCCAUGUCUACAGUGUGGCAAAGACAGACAGCUUUGAAUACGUGGACCCCGUGGACGGCACCGUGACCAAGAAACAGGGCCUGAGGAUCAUUUUCUCCGACGCAUCGCGGCUCAUCUUCCGGCUCAGUUCCUCCAGCGGCGUGCGGGCCACCAUCAGACUGUAUGCAGAAAGCUACGAGAGGGACCCCAGCGGCCACGACCGGGAGCCCCAGGCGGUGCUCAGCCCUCUCAUCGCCAUCGCGCUGAAAAUAUCCCAGAUUCACGAGCGAACCGGCCGGAGGGGCCCCACUGUCAUCACCUGAGCAGAGGGAAGACCACUCAGCAGGGCCAAAAGAGUGUGCUCGGCGGGAGACACUUCACUCAUGCCUUCUUGCUACCUGUUUGUGCCUCUUAUGACUUUGAAAAACACCAAAUGAUGAUUUGCUUGGAGCGGGGAGGGUGGGAUGGGAUGGGGGAAUAGAUGGGAAAAGAAAAAAAAAAUCUGUUUGGGUUUUAGUCCGUUUCAACAAAUGCAACAAGGUCUUUGCUGGCGUGUUAGAGCUGCACUAUCGUUUGGCACUUGUGUUUGAUCACACAAGGGAACCUGCCAUUUUGAGAAGAGAAUAAGUGGGCUGAGAACUCUGAUCAUGGCAUCUGUGCAUCAUUGGUGCCAAGUGAGAGAAGCUUCUGGAAUAACCGAGGAGCAUGCAGUGCCAGAAGCCAGCUGACCCUAAGCCCCAGGUGCCCCUGGGCAGACCUAAGAAGACUUUCCUCAGCAGGGAGACGAUUUAACUUUUCAUCCCAGGUCAGGUCUCCCACGGGCAAAAGUUGUUGAACUCCUCAUAGCCCACUUCAUGCCCACCAGCCACCUGGCAGCCCACUCACCCUCCUUCCCAUCUCCAAAGUCCCUGUGCCUCCUCCUCACGCGUCUUCUAGAGCUUUCUACACAUCACCAUGGCACACUUUCAACAAAGCAUAGCAAAGGGUGUUUUUCUGUCUCGUUCGUAAAUAAUAUUAGCUGUUAAGCUGGCUGCAUUCCUUCAAAUUCAGCCAUUCAUUACGCAGGUGGGAGGUCAUUUCUUGGCAGGACUCUGCCAGUGAAUGCUUACCAUUUUCAGGCCGAUCCACCAUUCUAUUACCCGGGUGGACACAUGGGUUAAUCCUAAUUCCUGCUGAGAAGACAAAAUACCACCAUGUGUGCCAUCUCCCUGACUUUCUCUCUCUGCUGUCUUGUCUCCCAGUAAGGGCUUGUUUUCAUGCACUUGUCUGGACACAGUUCAGAUCUUACUUACCGUGGCUGUAAAGGAGACAGCAAAAUGCUGUAAAAGGAGAAGAUGAAGUGGAUGCUGGAAGAAAACCGUACUGGCAGCACUGUUGUGGGCCUGAUGAGAUGGAGAGGGUGGUGAGGUCCUCUGCAAGAAAGCAGAGGGCUACCACUGGCUUUCUUUACCCAGAAAAAGGAUACUGCAGCUCUGGCAGCCCCAUCAGAACUCAGCCAGAACCCUCGGUGCACGGGACCUGUUUGCAUAUGUUUUGCUUCCUUGGGAACGACACUCACUUAUCACGUCAUUUGCACAGAUGAUGUGGUGUGCUUUGACUGUUGAGCAAUGCGUUAUGGCUGUAGUCAAGAUUAGUGCAAGCCCGGAAACAUUCCCAGCAAGGUAUUUGUUUCCAUUUUCUAUCUAUGCUUCCAGAAACUUGCUAGGUCCUUUAGUAUCCAAUAAAACAAAGGAAUUCCUGAUUUCAAUCUUA